CCCUGUUCCUCCAUCCUCUCACAUUCACCAUCCAGUCCACCAUCUGCGCCCUAAUGGUCUGGUUGCGCUCCGAAACCUUCAUGAGCGGCCCCCGCCAGGCCUGCCGUUGACUUCGAGCUGCGUCUUCAGGCCUUCACGGAAUCCUGCGAGAACAAUACCAAUCCACCCAAAUCGAUUCUGGUUAGAAAGGAAAAGAUGCUCGUCGACGACACUGAUAAGACUGCCUUGAAGCAGUGGGUCACUCUCAAAUUAACCGAAAUUUCGGAAGCAGACCCUGAAGUGCUGGCGGACUAUGUGAUUGCGUUGCUCACUGCAGACGAAUCGGAACAUUUUGUCAAGGAGCAAUGUUUGGAGGCCUUGCCAGACUUCCUUCCUGAGCAUGCCGUUGGUCCCUUUGUGAACGACAUUUUUGACGCAGUCAAGACGAGGUCGUAUCUUCCUGCCGAAGGCCGCGAUGAACAAAUAGUGCAAUCUAUACCCCCCCUCCUUGAAGCUUCGACGCCCUCCGCCGAUUCCGCGGCUACACUCUCUGCAGAACCCACACCUUUCAACCCUCCCACCGGGCCCUCAGCGAAGGCAUCUAGGCCGGUGCUCUCCGCAAAAGCCCCAUCAUUCAACCCCCCAACUGGGCCUUCAGCAGGCGCAAACCGGCAACAACGCCUGCCGGGCCUGGGUAGUGCUCCAGAGAACGACAGAGCAGAGAAGUCAAGGAAGCGAAGCUAUAAUGAUCGCGCGGGGAGUGAGGCUCGAAAUGGCCUGGAUGCUCACUACAAACGCGGCGUUGAUGGAGACAGGCCGAUUAAGCAGGUCGCUCGCCGAGGAGGUCGAAACAGUCGCGGUGGCUUCGUAGCUCAAGAGGGGAACAGGAGUGGGACACAUGGGACUGGGCCUGUGCCAAACCCCAUGUCUGCUAUGUCGAAUCUUUCAACCUUGCCAAACUUGACAAGCGUAUUUCCACCUUUUGAUCCUACAGAUCCAAUGUCAUUCCUCGCGAUGUCAGCGUUGGGACUUGGCAUACCCGGCAUGAGUCCACCAAUACCUCUGACUGGGUUGCCUCCGGCAUUUUCCGCUCUUAAACAAUUCAGUCCCAAUAAUACGUUUAUCCCAACAAGCUUGAAGGAGAGAUGUCAGGACUAUGACACGAAGGGGUUUUGCGUCCGUGGAAGCGCCUGUCCUUAUGAACAUGGAGGAGAAGUUCUGAUCGCUGAUGAGUACGACCCAAAUCAAGCUUCGCUUGCUAUCAAAUCUACAGAAGGCGUUAAUGGAAGUCAAAAGGGCAAUCAAGGUUCAGGUCGUGGGGAAUUCGGAGUUCGUGGACGCCCAACUGGCCGUCGUGCUCGCGCGCCCUUUUCUCAGCCUGGCCCUACUAAAGACCGUUCGAAUACGACCGUAGUUGUUGAGCAAAUUCCGGAAGACAAGUUCAGCGAAGAUGCUGUUCGAAGCUUCUUCUCACACUUCGGCAGGAUUGUGAACAUAGAGAUGCACGCAUACAAACGUCUUGCGAUUGUCAAGUUCGGUGAUCAUUUUGCAGCCCGGCGCGCUUAUGACAGUCCCAAGGCGAUAUUUGAUAAUCGCUUUGUCAAAGUGUAUUGGUACAACCCUGAAUCAAUUCCUGCUCCCCAAGCCAACAGUAUAGGAAAUUGUACUGCCAAACCUAGCUCCCCACUUGCAGCCCCACAGGAAUCAUACACGCAAGACGAGGAGAUGGUGGAUUUGGCAGAGAUAGAGAAGCGUCAGGCUGAAUUACAAAAGGCGCACGAGGAGCGAGUAAGGAAGCAGCAAGAAGCAGAAGCUCAAUGUCAAGAGGUGGAAAAGCAACUCAAGAUCAAGAACGAGGAAACAAUGAAGCUGCGGAGAGAGCUUGCAGCAUUGACGGGCUCAGAGUUGAAGUCAACCGAGUCCGAUUUUGUAGAGAAACUCUCAUUACUGCAACAGGAGGCUCAUACCUUUGGGAUUGAUACGGACAAGUGUCAACCUUCACCAUCUGGGCGGGGCCGAGGAGGAUAUCGCGGCAGGGCCACCUACUAUUCUACACGAGGACGUGGUUACCGUACUUUCAGGGGUGGAUCUGUGGCCCGAGGAGGAUUCACUGGCUCUGCGUUUGCCAACGCUCGUUGUGGUGUGAAGAGGCUCGACAACCGGCCGAAGAAGGUUGCUGUCACUGGAGUCGAAGCUGGUUCGGAGAAAGAUGAAGCUUUCCGCCAGUAUCUGCUGAACAAUUAUGAGUACGAGAGCAUCGAGCAAGAUGCUGAGCGCAAGAACACACUCGUCAUUGUUUUCAGAGAGCGCUAUGUCGCGGAAGCUUUCAUCGACAAUGCGCGAAGGAAUGAGGAAGUUGGCAAGGUUGAGCUCUCCUGGGUGCACAAUGGCCGCCCAGGCCCAACCCCAGCUCCGGCGGCAUCGGCUGCUCCACUACCCAAGGCGGAGGUGGCGUCAGCACAGCGGGAGCAUGAAGUGGAUAGGAAGAUGGACGAGCAUGUGGAGAGCAUUGAGCAUGCGGACACGGCCACCGACACCAAUGGACAUGUCAAUGGAGGGGACGCUGAUUACGACGUCGCCGACGAUGAGGAUGGCUGGAUUGAAAGUUGAUGGGAUUCUGCAGAUGCAUUAACGAUGGUGGCGACGAGCGUCUUUUGCGUCUUUUCCGUUUCCGUAACAGCAUAGCGACAGCGAGGCCGUCAAUACGGAUGGGAUCUGGUGUGCGCACGCAAGUGGAUACCCAGGUAGCGUCAAGCCGACUGGCUGCGAAAGAGCUUCUGCUGGACGAAUGCCAGCUUGUUUUACUAUGC